CUGGUAUAACUGCUUCGCAUUUGAUAAAAAGCAUUGAAUAGGUACCGUACACACUACAACCCUUGUUAUCACACAAGUAUCACAUAGAUCAUUGACCCAAUACGUGAGUGUACCAGUUGCACCUAACGUCGUUUAAGUCUACCUCUAAUCCUGUACAUUUUUUAGAGAGAGCAUUUUUUUUGCGCUAAAUAAGAGUGGAAAGGUACUGUGAGCUGUUGAUUAUCUCUCGUACAUUGGAGGUAGAUUUCCACCGUUGCCGGGGUUUGAAUUCGUCCCAGUAUUUGAGGUGAUUGAGACCCCACAGAAACCUAAACCUCCAAAAGCCAUACAAUGUCCUCAUCUAAAGUUGAUCCACGAGACGAAUCAAAGGUUGUAGCCUUCCAUCUUCCCAAAGCUGCUGAAGCCAACGACUGGACCGGCAAUGUUGCCAUGUACUCCUCCCUUGGUGGAAUGUUUCUUCGAAACAAGUUUAAGUUCUUGCCAUGGGUAUCCGCUUAUUUCGGUAUGUGCUCUGGCUUAAACACAAAGAACUCUGAGCGAGACACUGCAACUGGAUACAGUGGAACGAUGCUCGGCUUCGUUGCCCUAGUCACGUACUACAUGAACGUGUACUUUACCAUCACCCGUCAAGUCCCAGCUGCCAACGCAGAAGGCACCAAUUAAAGAGCUUUUUACCAUAGGCGCGCAGGCAACGUAAUGAUAGAGGGACUGGGGUGGUUGAAACCCGAUUGUAAUGAGCCAAGAUCAUGUAAUAAACACCAGAAACUACGAAGGCUAAAAGUGAACAAUGGCCUGGAUGUUUAUUUGUGUGUGCCGUAGCAAAGCCGAC